GCAACUGUAGAAUUCAACAUGGCUGCCUUGCACUGUUGUUUUUAACUCAGAAGCGGAUAGCUUUUCACUAUCUAAAUCCAGAGAMAAAUACCAUUUCGUAGUCUGGGCCUCUCAAGCAGACCGCAAUGUCUCAGUGCGUACAGUCUGUGCAGGAGUUCAUCCAGGACUCGUUUGUUCCGAUGGUGGCUGUACUGUGCAGCGAAGAUGCGGAAAAAGUGACUCGUAAAAACAACCUUAAUUUCUCGGAGCUGUUAAGACCUUUCUGCCGGCUAACCUCCGAAGGUCACAUGAGGGACCCUAACAAUCAGGUGCAGGUGGUGAAGAACCUUCGCAUCAGCGUCAACAAUGUGGUGACARGCCCGUCUGUCCCCACCGCCGGAGUCCAUAGCCCCGCCCAGCGACGGCUGCUCAGCGAGGUGGUGUCGGCAUGCCAACCAGCAGAGGGGGGUGUGGCCAAUGUCAUCACCGCCGGAGACUAUGACCUUAAUAUUAGUGAUCGCUCUGUUAAAGCUAGCGUCCCCUGGUACAGUGACUGGAGGGACACACUAACGGAACUCAGCACCUCCAAGCAUUAUACAGCCACGACUCCCUGGUUUGAGGCGUACAGGGAGAGCUUCCUCCAGUCAAUGCCUGCCUCUGACCAUGAGUUCCUCAACCACUACCUCGCCUGUCUGUUGGUGGUGUCGUCCAGUGAGGCUGUACCAGUGGAGCAGUUCCUCAAGCUGUCUCAGGAGCAGCACAGGAUCCAGCACAAUGGAGAGUACACCAACCCCAAGUGGUUCAUCCCCAACACACUCAAAUACUACGUCCUCCUGCACGACAUGAGCCAGGGGGAAGAACAGAGAGCUGACUCUGUGUAUGAGGAUAUGAAGCAGAGGUAUGGUUCUCAGGGUUGUUACCUUCUGAAGAUCAACUCUCGUACAGCAGCAGCAGGAACAGAUGAACAGAUACCGGACCCAUGGAGCCAGUACCUUAACAAGAGCAGUCUGCAAAGCCAGGAUCAGUCUGAGGAMCCAGCCCCAACCCCUGUAGUGGUGAACAACACGGCUGUAGAGAACAACGUAGGAGGAGCACCAGAGAUGGACGGACAUGACUCGGCAGAGAAUGACGGAGUCUCUGUAAACAGUCUGGACAACACCCACCCUCUCCAGCUGGAGACUGCCAUUGACAUGCCCGGUAGCCUGGACUCCCUCAGGGCUAUCGCCGCGGAAACCAACACUACGACAGUCUACACGGGAGUGGCGGCGGGCACCAGCCAUGGGGCAUGUCUAACGCUGAACGACCACAACCGCCUCAGACUAUUCAUCCAGGAAUUUACCUUCAGGGGACUACUACCUCACAUAGAGAAGAACAUUAGACGGCUCAAUGAUCAGCUGGUCUCCAGGAAAGGCUUGAGUCGCUCUCUGUUCUCAGUCACUAAGAAGUUGUUUGGAGGAGGGAAAGUUCCAGAGAAGAGUAUUGCUGAACUGAAGAACACUUCCGGCCUUCUCUAUCAUCCAGAAGCCCCUGAGCUGCAGAUCAGGAAGAUGGCUGACCUGUGUUUCCUGGUUCAGCACUAUGAGCUGGCCUACAGCUGCUACCACACGGCCAAGAAGGACUUCUUAUCUGACCAGGCCAUGCUCUAUGCCGCUGGGGCGCUGGAGAUGGCAGCAGUGUCUGCGUUUCUCCAGGGUGGGGCUCCACGGCCGUAUCCAGCACACUAUAUGGACACGGCAAUUCAGACCUACAGAGAUGUGUGCAAGAACAAGGUCCUAGCUGAGCGUUGUGCUCUGUUCAGUGCUGAGGUACUGAAGAGUCAGGCCAAGUACUCUGAUGCUGCUACCCUCCUCAUCAAGAUGACCAGUGAGGACUCUGAUCUGUGUUCUGCCCUCCUAUUGGAGCAGGCAGCCCACUGCUUCAUUAACAUGCGAAACCCCAUGGUCAGGAAGUUUGCCUUCCACAUGAUCCUGGCAGGACACCGCUUCAGCAAGGCAGGACAAAAGCGCCAUGCGUUGCGGUGUUACUGCCAGGCCAUGCAGGUAUAUAAGGGUAAAGGCUGGUCCCUGGCUGAGGACCAUAUCAACUUCACUAUCGGCCGCCAGUCCUUUACGCUGCGCCAACCAGAGAACGCUGUCUCAGCCUUCAGACACAUCUUCACCAACGACAGCCAGCAGACCUCCACACAGCAGGGAGCCUUCCUCCGGGAGUACCUCUACGUCUACAGGAAUGUGCCAGGGGUGUGUGAGGUGGCACUACCCCAGCUGCCCCUACCCUGCAUCAACAGCUCUGCUACCAGGGUCUACUUUGGCCACGAACGCCGCCUGGCAGAGGGUGAGAAGCAGGCUGCCACCCAUGUGUCCUUGGACCAGGAGUUUGACCGGGACCUAGCUGCCGUGUGGCAGGACCURGAGGAACAGGUGGUUGCCGCCGCCAACCGUGGGGUUGUCCCGUCAACGUUCUACUCUACCCAGUGCUGCCUCAACAGUCAGACGGACAAUCUCCACAUCCCGCUGGCUGUAGUAGAAGAACCCAUCAUAGUUGAGGUGGCGUUCCGGAACCCUCUAAAGGUUCCGCUGGUUCUCUCAGACCUCUCGCUGCUCUGGAAGUUCACGCUCAAAGACUUCUCUCGACCACAACCGCAGGACGUCAUGGUUGGAGACGCUGUCACCAUCAGCAAUGAGAAGGAGGCCAUCGCUCCCAUGACAGUGCAGAAAGAUGACAUCAUCACCACAGAAGUCAUCCCAGAGUUCUACAUGAGCCCCGAGGAGACAAGAGUGGCUCGUCUGAAGCUGCUUCCUCGCCAGACAGGUCAGCUCAACAUCCUGGGUCUGGUCUAUAACCUGGCCUCCACCCUUUCUACUGGAGACUCUACUAUUAACAGCAACAGUUUCUCGCAGAACCAAGGUCCCUCAGCGACCGCAGGGACAUCGGUUCGUGGUCGACAGGACCUAGAGAUUCAGGGACCGCGGUUGAACCAGACCAAGGAGGAGAAGACCUCUGUCAGCCACGGUCCUGACCGACGUCUUGACCCCUCCAUCACCCCUCCAAUGCCCCUGCUGGAGGUAUUCUUCCUCCAGUUUCCUACUGCCCUACUAUGUGGUGAGAUCAGGAAGGCCUACGUGGAAUUCUGUAAUGUGAGUCACGUUCCCCUGUGCGGCCUGCGUGUGGCGUCCACGCACCCAGACUUCUUUACCUUCGGAAGCUCCUCCCUAGCCACACCCCUCACCCCCCUCAGCCCCACCUCAUUUGAGAACUGCUCUGCCUACAAGACCCUGGCCACACCCCCAGGAGCCACGCCCGGGUCGGUAACCGCGGUAACGCUGGUGUCGGCGGCUGACUUUGGGUCGGGAGGAGGAGUGUUUGGUACGGGGGGUAAAAGGGUAGCAGAGAUCCCUCUAGGAGAGGGAACGCUAACGCCUGGAGAAUCUACCCAGCUACCCCUGUGGCUGAGAGGACCAGACCAGGAAGGAGUCCAUGAGAUCAACUUCCUGUUCUACUACGAGAGCGCCGAGAAAGGAGGAAAGAUCAGUCACAGGGUGCUGCGUCACACAGUAUUUAUCUGUGCCAGUCGUUCUCUGUCGGUCCGGGCCACCGCCUGCCGUAGUAACACACUGCCCGAGGAGGAGAGAGAGGAGGGGAGGAAUGGCAGCAUGCUGGUCUUUGUCGAUGUGGAGAACAUCAACACAAGUGAGGCUGGGGUGCGUGAGUUCCACAUUGCACAGGUCUCUAGCAGCAGUAAACAGUGGAGACUACACAAGUGUAUAAACCCAGCAGAAGACAAAGACUGCAAACUCACCACCAGAGAGAGGGGCAAGCUGUGCUUCAGAGCAACACGAUGCAAACCCCAUGAAGCUACCUCAAAGUCACUAGAGAAGUACACCUUUGCAGACCUGAGCCUUGGAAAUGAACAGAUCCUCAGCUCCACCACUCCGUGUGCAGACUUCUUCUUCCGGAGGUGUCAGCCCUCGGAGUCUUGUAGACCGCUUAUUGCCGUGGAGACACAGGGGAGACAUUCCAGGAGUCAGGGGGCGGGUCCUGGGGGUGGGGCUGAGGAUAUAACAGGUGUGGUCAGGAAGUGCAACGAGGUGGACCUCAACAUCAUCGUCCUCUGGAAGGCAUUUGUUGUUGAAGACAACAAGCAGGUGAUCCUGGAGGGACAGCUUCAUGUGGCACUACAGACCAUUGGCAAAGAGGCCUGCUCCCUCACACAGAAAGAGGAGGCUCAAGAGAUGGUGCUGCGUGAAGUUUAAACCAGAGCUUC